CAAAACCAAGAUGGCGGCGCCCAGGAGAAAGUGAAGCGAUUUUUCUGCGUUUAUUUUUCGCGCCUCUCUGCCGUUAUAGUGCACAGUUACUGCGGUUAGAGGUGUAUUUAAGAAACAUGGGUCGCUCUGAUUAUGAAAGUGAGGAGGACAGGAAAAAGAGGAGACGAAAACGCCGCUCCCGGUCCCGUUCGCGGUCCAAGAAGCGCCACAGCUCUUCUGACGAUGAUCGGAGAAAACACAGUCGUAAGCACGACAAGAAGAAGCGUUCCCGGUCCCGUAGCAGGAGUACAUCCAGCGAUCGUCAUAGGAAACGUAGAUCACGAUCCAAGUCCUCCUCACGGAGACGAAGGUCAAGAUCAAGGUCAUCGUCACGGAGACGCAGGUCAAGGUCAAGGUCAUCAUCAAGAAGCAAGUCAAAGAAAUCUCACAAAGAGAAGAAGCACAAGCGACGCUCUCGUUCACGUUCCCGCGGUUCCUCCAGACGGCGGUCUCGCUCCCACUCAAAGUCCCGGGGGUCGUCUAAGCGCCGGUCUCGGUCCAGAGAAGCCUCCAGCAGCAGAGGCCAGGCGGAGAAGGAAGCUGCUGUGAAGGAGGAAGAACUGACUGCACCAGAGAGAGUAAAGCAGCAAAUGAAGCAGGCUUUAGAGUCUGCAGUAGUGAGUGACCAGAUCAAGAAAGAAGAGGAGAAACAAAAGACUCAAGUUGACCUGUCAGGUACAGAGCAGAUCUCCAGACUGCAGGCUAUAGGAGAGAUUGACCAGGCUGGAUUCACACCUGCACCAUUCAAGAGUAGCAGGGCAGACAAGAAGGACUUGAAUGAUGAGCAGACCCAUGAGUCGGCUAUCUUCGGCAGUGGUGUGGCUCGCGGACUGAACCCCAACAGUCAGGGACAGGGGGAUGCCAAAAGUUUGUCACUGAAUUCUGGCAUCAAGUACCGUGACACUGACUCUGUCUUGGCACAUGAAAAUCUGUUUGUUGAUCCAGAGGAGAAGGAGAUGCACUGGCUGAGGAAAAUGGUGGAGCUCAGGAAGCAAAGACUCAUGGGAGCUGAGAGCUGAAACUGCAAAGCAUUGUGGGCAUGGCAAGGGCAACAUCAUUAUAAACAUUUUAAACAUCAUGAUAUUUCACGAAAAAGCAGCGAUGAGUUGAUUAACACAUUGUCCAUAAAAAUAAAAAUGAUCAUUGGUCAUACGUCAAUUUUUGUACAUAUGGAAGAAGGGUUGUCUGUUAUUAAAAAAAAACUGCACACUGAUUGUAACAUUUUCCAUGUCUCAUUAAAACUAAUCUUCACUGCCAAGACCUGUCUUAAAUUGCACUUUGGUAUAAUUCUGUCUGUGGUAACUCUAAUUGUCUUUCAUUGAAAACUAUGUAGCACAUGUUACAUCAAAGUAACGAGCACCAUUCAUUCAAUCAUCACUAACAAUGUUAUAAUUAAAUCUUUACAUUAUA